AAGAACAUUUUUGUAUAUAUUUCCCAAUAUAUACAUGCAAGAGUUUUUCUAGGCUAUAAAGCUAAGAGUAAAGUGUAUGUGCAGGCAAUCUCAAUUUUUAUCAGAUAAUCCCAAACUGUGUUCCAAAAUGGUUGUACCAGUUACACUGGAAGUCUAAUCAGGAGCAGGUGUAAAAUCAAGACCCAUACUCCUUUCUUGCCUAAAACUCUCAGUGGUUUUCUCUUUUCCUUGGAAUAAGAUCCAAGUCACUGCUGUGGUUCCCAGGGCUUCUACCUGGCUCUCUACCUGUGCCAUACGACUCUCCUCUUUGCUUUUUGUACUUGCUGUCCCCCUCUCUGGAAUGUUCUUCCAUUAGCCAUCUCAUGGCUAUCUCCCUCACUUUCUUCAGGCCCUUGCUAAAAUGUCACUUCUCAGUGGCACUGUCCCUGACCACUGAAUUUUCUUUAAAUAUUUAUUUAUUUAUUUGGUUCCACCAGGUCUUCGUUGUGGCCUGUGCAUUCUUACUUGAGGCAUGCAAACUCUUAGCUGAGAUGUGGGAUUUAGUUCCCUGACCAGGGAUCGAACCCAGGUCCCCUACAUUGGGAGUGCAGAGUCUAAGCCACUGGACCACCAGGGAAACCCUGGCCACUGAAUUUUCUAUCACAAAUUUUUCCAGGCCUCCUUACCCUCUUCUCAGCUAUUGUGUUCCUCACAGUCCAGCUAUCUGGGUUCCAGUCAGCCUCAGGCUGCUGUCCUGUGAUCUGCCAGGACUUUUAUCUCCUCCCAAACCCUUAAGGACCCUUGGAGCUGACUAUGUGGUGGCCGUCUAGCUGCUCCUUCUGAAGGAUCCACCUCUCUGAGUCACUUUGUAUCACAUCAUUCUGGGUUUUUUUUUCACAGCCAUUCCAUGCUCCGAGACAAGCUAAUAUAUUUAUUUGUUUACCUGUUUGCUUUUUGUCCCCACCCAGCCCCACCUCUCACUUUAAAGGCCACUCCAUAAGAGGAAACCUCACUGUCUUGCUCUGUAACAUGACCAGUACCUGCUGCAUGACGGGUCCUCCAAUAAUAAUUGUCCAGGCUGCUUGUCAGGCUCCCAGAGGCAGCCAGGCCCUCCUCCCCCUGCUCCCCCCCACACCUGGGACUUGCCCUGUGUGGAAACUCCCAGAACCUAGGGCUCCCCCGGCCCCGCCAGCUCCCACCAACAUCCCAGGCAGAGUCUCAGAGGAUCUGCUUGUGCUGUUGCCCUGUGUCUCCUCUGGAGACUGUUUGGAAGCCUGAAGCAGUCAUUCUGGCCAUCAGGGCUGGAGAGUGAUGGGCAGGUGUCAGGUGCCCGGAGCUCAAGAAAUACUUUUUGAGUGAAUAAAGGGAAAGUCUUCAGAGAUGAAAAAGAUAUUGCCAGGUGGACAAAAGAGAAAGGGCGCUCCAAGCAGAAGGAAGAGGAAACAAAGGACGGAGGCGUGAAGAGUGCACAUCACGGUUAGAGGACUUGGUCUAAUCCGGUGCCCACGGAAGGUUCUCUGUGGAGGGGAGGGGAGCCGGCAAGCAGGGAAGGGGAGGGCUAGCUGGGGAGGUCUGAGCUCCUGCAGGCUCAGAGCGGCUCAGCAGCGUCUUAGGUUUAAUCCUGCCCCCACCCCUGCUCCCCAGAGUUCCCCCUCUGACCCCACCCCUCCCCUCCCCUUCACCCAACCCCCAGCCUGGCCGCUCCCCACCGUCGCGCUGAAUGGACUUCUCUCUGGGCCUACGUCUGGGGCCUCGGAACAAGAAAGCCAGCCAUCAACAGCCACCUGCGCCCUCUGGACACUGCCCACCAGCUGCCUCCCCUUGUCCGUCCUGCCCACCCUCUGCCUGUGCCGGCCCCUGCCCAGCCUGUCCCCUUCCCGCCUGCUGCUCCGCCUAUCCUUCCUGCACGGCUCCCUGCCCCUCCUGUCCCGGCCUCCCGGGCCCACCCUGCACCUGCUCCUGCCCCCCCUGCCCCGCCUGUCCUCCCGUGACUUACCCCCACAGUGCCUGCAGCCAGUGCUCUGGCCAGCCCCUGGCCUGCUGCCGCCCCUCUCCUUGCCCCAUGUACCCUUGCUCCAGGGGUCGAGCCACCUGUUCCAGCUCCUGCUUGGGCUGCAGUGACGGCUGUGGCUGUGGUCGAGGGGCUGCCUGGGGUCCUCCAGGCUCCACCAGCCGCUGCAGCUGCUGCUUUAGGGGACAGCGUACCUCUCGGCACUGUCUGAUUGUCUAGGGGGUGGUUACCCAUCUCCUGGAGCACUUCUGCAGGCAGAAGAUCAGCUGGACCCUCUCCCAGGCAAGGAGUGGGGCAGGCUGCUCAGAGCCCCCCGGCCUCCUCCUCAGUUCUGGGAGAGCCAGGCAUCUGUUUUGAAGCUAGUUUCUAGAUACGCUCUCACUGGUUCCAGAACCUCCUCUUCUGCAACUUCUGCAAUGGAAAAUGUUCUUCUCAGGGCCUUUCCUGUGGUCCCUGAAGAAGAACUCCAGCUAAUGUAGAAGAAAAAUGGAAUUAGGAAAAUCACCGUUUUGCAAACCCUAAUGAAAUAAUUGAUCAGAGCAAGACUCUUCAAUGGAUGAAGCUAAGGAUGGUGGUUGAUGCAGAACUUUACAAUGGAGUAUUGAAGCUGUAACUACCUGACCCCACUGAUGAAUCUUAGCAUCACUAAAAAGGGCACAACCACAUAGCCUGUACCUCCUGGUAUGAUGCAAUCUGAAGCACUCAGCACCACCUGUGAAGGACUCUUGCCAAACAAAGGAACAAACAAAAAAACUGAACAUGAUUCUAAUCAAACCCUACCACUAACCUCCAUUUAAUAGGAAAUAUAGGGGGUGGAGAACAAAUUAAAUGGCACAACAAGGAAGUAAAACAAAAUAUCCAGAAUGUGGGACAUUCUAAAGGAAAUCUGACCUGGUUUCUUCAACUAGUCAAUGGCUGAACAGGAGGGUCAAUGAGAGGGGGCGUACAAAGAUAGCUACUACAUAGAAUAAGUGGACCUUGUUAGAUUCCUGAUGGGGACCCCCCAGUUGUAAAAAGACAUUUUUAGACUGUUGAAAACAUUUAAUUAUGAACUGCGUACUUACAAUGCCAAGGAAUCAGUGUUGAUUUUGUUAAAUGUGAAAAUGGCCUUGAGGUUAUGUAAGAAAAGGUCCUGAUUUCCUAGAGAUGCAUACUGAAGCAUGGAAUGAAGUGAUGUAUUUAAGUAUUUUGGCAAAUAAAAAAAGAAAGAAAGGAGGAGAAGGAACAAAGGGACAAAAAUCAAUAUUGUUGAAUUAAGUAUAUAAGGUUUCAUAGAACCUCUCUACCUUUAAGUAUAUUUGAACAUUUUCAUAAUAAAAGUUUUAAAUGAU